AUGGCGUCCAUUCCUCAUGUGCACUCGCUGGUGCUAGAUGCCACGCCCCUGAUUACACAGCCAUACGCGCAUUAUAAGGGGUAUGCGCAGAACUUCUAUACAACUCCCACGGUGUUCCAUGAAAUAAAGGACGAAAAUGCCAAGAAGAACCUGGAUAUAUGGCAGGCAGCCGGCGCGCUGAAGCUUCGGCACCCUUCGGAAAGCUCUAUCAAGCGCGUUAGCGACUUUGCGAAGCUGACAGGAGACGCAUCAGUGCUCAGCGCCAACGACAUCCACAUCCUAGCAUUGACAUACGAGCUGGAGGUAGAGCUUAACGGGGACAAGGGGCGGCUCCGCCGGUAUCCGGGCGAGGCGCUGGUACCGAAGGCCGCGCCACCCCCAGAGCAGCCCGCCGGCGAGAAGAAAAAGCGCAGGAGAGGCGGCAAAAAGCAGCGGGCCAAGCGCGAGGAGGCCGCGCAGCAGGCAGCUGCAAGAGAUGAGCCUGUAGAGACCGCCGACGGCACAGAGAGUCCUGAAAAAUCCGCCGAGACUCCCGUGGAAGGGUUAGAGGAGCCAGCUCUCGCCGCGCAGGCUGCCGAGGAGCUAACAGAGGAAUACGAUGAGGCGGACGACGACGGCGACUGGAUCACGCCAGACAACCUGACAGAGAUUAUGAUCCAGGACAGCGGCGAGGACACUACGGGAAACGAAGGUGUCGCUGCUUCGGAUAGCGCGCUUUACAACCAGGUGGCUCUGGCCACCGGUGACUUUGCCAUCCAAAAUGUCGCCCUGCAGAUCAAUCUGAACCUCAUGAACUUCACAUCCGGCAUGCGCAUCAAAAAGCUGCGCAAUUACAUGAUGCGUUGCCACGCAUGCUUUAAGCUACUGCCCACGCCGCGCGACGGCCGCCCAGUGCACUUCUGCCCCAGCUGCGGCGGUGCAGGGACCGUGCUGCGCUGUGCCGUCUCCGUCGACGCAGAAACCGGCGCCAUCAGCCCACACCUCAAAGCCAACUUCCAGUGGAACAACCGCGGUAACCGCUACUCCCUUCCCAGCCCGCUAUCCAAGGCCUCCCAGAAGCGCUUCGGCAACAAGGGCUUUGUCCACACCCGACACCAGCAGGAGGUGCCGCUACUACGUGAGGACCAGAAAGAGUUCCAGCAGGCCAUGAAGCAGGAGGACUGGACUCGCCGCCACAACGAGAAGGUCCUCAACAGCUGGAUUGGCGGCGGCUCGGCCGACAACUAUAUGUCCCCGUUCGCAAUCACGGGCCUCAAGCAUCACUCCGUUCGCGUCGGCCGUGGGCGCCACGUGAACAGCUCAAACAAGCGCAAAUGA